AUGGAGUACUCUGGCCCUGCCUCCAUAUCCGCCGUUGAAGCCGAUCUUGCUCUCAGUGACGAUGAGGACAUCACAGACCAACACUGGCCCCCAAUAGAUUUAAAUACGCAGUGGUUUGGCCCCACCCCUGGCAGCCUCAAGUUGAGGUCCCCCCCUCUGCCACCCAGCCCUCCACCUCCACCAAGCGGCACUCACGACUCCCGCACCUGCCCACACAGCACCCCCUCUCAGCCCACCUCCGCUGAUGGUGCUUCUACGUCAAAGCAGCCUUCACUGUCCACUGCAGACACAUCAGUCAACCAGGAGUCAACGUGGCAUGGCUGUGCGAGCCGCUCCCCCGCUGCCGUCUCAGUUGUCAACGCGUUGCCUCCCGCUCUUCACACCUCCCGUCAAGCACCACCACCACGGCCGCGGGCCGGCGCCACCUCCCAUUCUUCAGCCACUACCACGCCUGAGUCGCCACAAGUUACCGCUCUUCGUGAAGCUGUCGCAAAGUUGACAGCGCGAUGCACGGCCAUUGAAGCUCGUUUCGAAGCUAUUGAUGCCCGUUUUGCUGCCAUUGAGGCGGGUAUGGCUAGCAUUAGGGCCGAGCAGGUCGCCGCCGGCCGCACACUCGACACGCCUGUCGAGUCCAACCAAGCCCUCGUCGCGACCGUCACCACUUUCUCAGAGAGGCUGGACAACAUCGCCGCCAGCUUUGAGAAGCUCAGUGCACGGUUCCCUGAGGACCCACCACGACGCCCGCCUCGCGGCAGCGCUACUUUGACGUCCCCACCGGCCUCCCGUUCACCCAAAGGCAGACUUCAAUAA